GUCUUUCAGCCAGUUUUCAUCUCUACACCGACAGUCCUGCUCCGCACCGACACUCCACCAAGUCGCCCAUCUGUUGUACCUGGCUCAAAAGCGACGACAGGAAAGCCGCCCAACCCAGCCAGUACCAGUCUGGAUGAGGUGAUGAAGACAACAAAGAUCAUUAUCGGUUGUUUCGUGGCAGUAACCUUGCUAGCAGCAAUCAUGCUAAUUGUAUUUUAUAAACUACGAAAGCGGCAUCAGCAGAGGAGCACGGUGGCUGCAGCCAGAACUGUGGAGAUUAUUCCGGUAGAGGAAGAACUGCCACCACCGGCAUCUGUUGCCAAUAUAGCAGGGGAGGGGGCACUGACUCUACCAGAGAUAAGGGAUCAUAACAGUAUUUACAAACUGGACUACAACACCCACAAAUCUGACUACGGCUACAAACCAAAACCAGAAUACAGUACCCAUAAAGCCAAGGACGAUUUCGGCAUCCACAAACCUAAGUCAGACUUCAACACCUACAAACCUAAAACAAACUAUAUGUACCAACCUACUUUGGAAUACAGAUCUCACAAACUGACGGACUAUUCACACAAGUCAUUGCCGGAUUAUCACAUACACAAAAAAGCUGAGCAGAGCCCCUACAAACAUGGAUAUAGUACUCAAAAAUCUGACUACAAAUCUCAUACUCCUAAACCAGACUUCAGCCCAUUCAAACCAGAGUACGGUGUUCCAAAAUCCAAAACGAACUACAGUAUGGCCAAGCUCAAAUCCGAUUACAGCCCCUUCAAGACAGACAGCAGCCUUUACAAACCUGACUACGGUGCUUUCAAGGCAGAGUACAGCCCCCUCAAAGCAGAAUAUGUCAGUUGUGACUUCAGCCCUCACAAGUCCAAAAUGGAUUACAGUCCUCACAAGGUGGACUACAGCCCGCAUACGAUCGACUACAGCACCCUGAAGCCCAAAUACAACACUUACAAGACACCGGGCCAUGGUGCCAAAUGGACAGAAAGCAACAGUAGUGGAAAUUCUUUGCCUCGAACCUUGCCCAGUGCUAUCACA